UAUAUGUCAAUGUCAAUAGUUUGAUAGUUCGUUACUUUUAAAUGUACUUUAUAUACAAAAUAUGAGUUCAACAUCGGAUUAUGCUGAAUUUAGAAAAUCUAUUUUAGAAAGAGAGAUGAUAUUAAGAGGAUCACAAACCGCUGUGAAGAAAAGAAAUGUUCCGAAGAAAUUCACACCACUAGCUCCUCUAGAUUUUAACGCAAUCAAAAGGGAAAUACUCGAAGCCAGCAGCAAUGAACUUCUACCAUCAGUAAACUAUCAUAAAAUGGAAGACAACACUAGUACACAAGAAUUUACUAGUAAUAAUGUGUCCGAAAAAUUAGAAUGUAUAAACGAAGGAGUCCCCGUAGCAGUAAAUAAAGAAAACCCAAAACAGACGAAAAAUAAGUGUUUAAAACCCAAAGAAAACGAUAGUUUUGAUUUGGAUUUUUCGGCAUUAUCCCUACACACUCCAGCAAAACAAAACGAUUUCGUAUCUUUUAAAGAAUGUACGGUAAACAAACCUCUAUUUGAUAGUUUCGUUACCCCAAAAGUGAAAAAUAUUCUCCCUUCAAAAUUACAUUGCAGUGUUCCUAGAACCCCAGUGAACGUAAACAACGAAAGCGUUGUAUUACAACCCGAAAAGACGCCAAAUAAUCCUAAAAAUAUAGUUUGUUCCAUACCGAGGAGCAUCCCAGACGAAAAAACGUUCGAAAAACUACAAGUGAACGAUGUGCAAUAUCUCAUUUUAAAUUUGUUAGGAAAAGGCGGUAGUUCGUUCGUGUACCAGUGUUUUUGCGUGGAAAAACGGCUUUUAGUGGCAAUAAAAUGUGUUUCGUUAGAAAACGCCCAAUCAGCUCAAGGAUACAUAAACGAAGUAAAAUUAUUACAAAGAUUACAACAUUGCGAUAGAAUCAUAAAGUUAUACGAUUACCAGAUACUGGAAGACGAAAAAAAGCUAUUUAUGGUACUGGAGAAGGGCGGGGAGGAUUUUACUACCGUGUUAAACAACCUAACCAACCAAAAGACAAACAUCCCCAUAUACAUGUUACUUUUCUAUUGGAUGGAGAUGCUACAAGCCGUGAAACAAAUCCACGACCACGAAAUCAUCCAUUCAGAUCUGAAACCCUCGAAUUUUCUGUGGGGGGAAAAAGGAUUGAAGUUAAUAGAUUUUGGUAUCGCUUCUAGCGUUCAAACGGAUAUGACGAGUGUGAUUAAGACAAUACCUGAAGGGUCUUGUAAUUAUAUGAGCCCUGAAGCUUUGCGUAACGAUACUUCGAGCCCCGGGAAAAACAAAUAUCAGUUGCAUUAUAAAUCUGAUGUUUGGUCGUUGGGAUGUAUUUUGUAUCAAAUGGUUUAUAAGAGAACUCCGUUUCAUCAUUUGAAGAAACUCUGGACGAAAUUGGCUUUUAUAAUGGAUCCGAAUCAUCGAAUUGAGUAUCCGGAUGUGACUUGGGUGCCUGUUAAAAUAGUAAAUACCAUCAAAAAAUGCUUAGAAUAUAACGUUAGACUCCGGCCGUCUGUAGAUGAACUUUUACGGGAAUAUGAUUCGAAUUUGUGCAAUAUAUAGAUUAGACGUUGACUAUUGGUGAUAUCUGAGUGUAUAUUGAGUGUCAAAACUGUGUAAAUAUACAAAAAAGUUGUAGUAUUUUCAAGAAUACAUUAAGAGAGAAAUAAGGUGAAAAAGCGAUAUUUACGAUAACAUAAUUGAGAAAUAAUCUCCAUUAAACUAUAUACAUACCGAAUUUUUAUAAUUUAACUUGACUUUUUAUAAUAAACACUAUUUGAGUUUUUAAAUUAUUGUGUUUGACAGUAAAAAAUUCGACAAUACCUGCUACUAUAUUUAUUUUAUUUGCAAAUCUAUCCUGUUAUCAUUUUACAGCAAAAAACAAUAUUAAUAAUUUUUAAUCCCAAAGAUUUUCUUAAUCGAACAGAUUUAAUUUAAAAUACUUAAAUUUGUGAUUAAAAAAUAACCAAUGUCAAAACGUCAGAUAUAUCAAUUGUUACCAACCUAUAGUUUACGACCAUAGAUAAAUUAGAAACAUAGAUUCGUGUUGUAUUUUGUGGUCCUAAUAUCAUAGAUUAUAAUCUGUUGUAUAGAAGUGUAUCUUUUAUUACACCAGAUUUCGUUAGGAACAUGGACUGUAAAGAUAACAAUAUGGCGGCCGUGACUUUAUUAAUUUUGUAAUGGGAAUUUCUUGGAAUUACUUUAAUAAAAAUAUUUAGGCUCGUAUUUAUAAUAAUAUAAAACCAAUAAUCGUAUUAAGUGUCUGUAUUAUUUAAAUUAUACGAUUCUUAUCAAAAUAUCAAAUGAAUCGUGAUGUAUCGACUUAGUGAUUAAUCGAUUGUAGAUCAUGUGAAGUAUUAAUAGCUUUGUUCGUGCAUCUGAUUCCGAAUCAGUUUAAGGACCGUACUUUAAAAAUUAUCGUUCUCAGGUUACAUCGUUAUUUAUUUAUUACUAAUUAAAUUAUUGUUGGAUUGAUAAUAAUCGUUUCCAAUAAAUCGAAAUAUUGAAUAGUUUCAUAAUCAAGCUUACAACGAUAGUAAAUUGAUUCAGAAUCGAUUCUAAAUUUGAUACUACGAAUUUUGUGGUGCAGACAAUAAUUUUGUGGUUCUUAUCAAAAUAGUAAAAAUCGAAUGAUUUAUUCUAUUAAAAUAUCGAUUCAAAUCAUAUUCCAUAAUAUUCGAAUGACAAACGUAAUCGUAAACUUUUAUUUUGUAAGAUUAUCAAUACGAGGGGAGAUUGGAAAAUUGGUUAUAAACGUGAAAUAAAACAAUUCUA